GGUUACACUUAUUCAACGUUUUUGUGUUUAUACAAGUCUAUAGUAUAAAAUACGUAAAUCAGGUCACAUAGAAGUUUUCACUUAACUAGCUUUAUAAUCCGAAGUUAUCUUAUUUAUAACAAAUUACUCAAGUGUAGUUCACGUCUUUAGUAUCAUUCAUCACCCAGCCUGCUACUUCUAAUACAAAAGUACCAUAGUCACGUGUAUAAGCACUUAAGCACUUACAGGCUAUAUCUAUAACACGAUGCAUACGACGCUACCGUGGCGAAAUGAUAACUCGCAGUUGAAGCCUCAACAUCUAAAGGAAAAUCACGGUCAUUUAUCGCACUAAAAUGACCAACACCAGCAAAACCAUUGAAACACUAGUUGAAAAAGAUAUCAGCCCUAAACUCUAUCACCAUACGUGGACUCUCGCUAUCGAACAGCUUAGGAAACAGGAAGGCGGCUGCUUUGAAUUAGAUGGUAUAUCCAAACAAGAGCCCUUGGCAACUCUAAACGAUGUCCUUAAAGCAACGAAUGAAAAGAAAGACGAGUGUAUUAAGAAAAGGUGGAAGGUUACUCUCAAAGGGCGUACGAUUAUAUUACGCGACGUGCUUGAGAAGAUUGCUGUAUGGGUCGACAAGUUUUUGAUGUUUGGUGAUAUCGCUAUCCAAUAUGAUCCCGUCAGUGCUGCACUUCCAUGGGCAGCUGUGAGGUUGAUUAUGAAAGCUACAGUGAACGACGUAGAAGCAUUUGGAUACGUAUUGCAAUCUAUUGAAAGUGUAGCCAAUAUCAUUGCUAGUUGCAGUAUUAUUGAACGUCACUUUCUACAGCCGGAGCAUUCCAGGAUGAAGGUUUUUGAACAGCUUUCUAAGUCCGUCGUAUCGCUUUACGUCUCUAUUCUGAAUUAUCUCUCCUCAAUACUUCACUAUUAUGGAAAGAACUGGGUGAUUCGGUUCAUGAAGAGCGUGGUAGUUUCUAAGACUGAACUUGAAGCAAAGUAUUCAACCAUCACAACUACAAAAAAGGAUCUUUGGGACCUCCUUGAACUUGCGGAAUCUGAGAAGUCACAGACCAUACUUGAAAGCCUUAAGAAUGUGACAGCGGCACAGAUAGCUCAAAACAGCGACUUCAGGUCCUUUUCCACUGAGCUACAAAAUCUUGAAGAGCCAGUCCAGAGGAUUGACCACCAUGUUCAAACAAUAAACGAUAAUCUCGAGCGAGAUACGAGAGCACAGGUUCUGAGGGCUAUCUCCACUAUCCCAUACGCAGCACACCACAAAACAGUUAAGCGAGGUCGCUUGAAGAAUUCUGGACAGUGGUUAUUCAAGAAAAAGGAAUAUAAAAUAUGGCGUGAAGAAAGUGUCUCUUCGGUUCUAUGGCUACACGGGAUACCAGGCUGUGGAAAGACCAAAUUGGCAUCCAUUGUGAUUGAUGAACUAGGAAAUUGCGAUAAUCUUGCAUACUUUUACUGUAUGCGAAACCCAGCCGAACCCUUUCGAGCUCAGUGCAGCAAGAUCCUAGCUAGCCUCGUACGUCAAUUAGCCAGCCAGGGAACUGACAAUCCAAUUCUUCCACCUGUGGUAGAACAUUAUGAAGAUGCCAUCGCCGGUUUCGAAGGGUUUGAAGACCAGCAUUGGGAUACUGAGGAGUCUAUAGGAAUUUUGUCAGCACUCAUGGAUCAUUAUCCGACAGCGACGGUAGUUAUUGAUGCCCUGGACGAAGUGGAAUUACAGGAUCGCCAGGAGUUAAUGGAUGCGUUGAGUCAAAUUCUCCAAGAGUCGCCUAAUUUACUCAAAAUAUUUGUUUCUAGCCGAGACAAUUACGAUAUCGCGCUACACUUGGAGGGAUCACCCAACGUGUAUAUCGAUGCGGAUGAUAACGCUGGAGACAUCUCGGCGUUCAUCAAGGAUCAGUUAGCUUCGGCAAGGCUGCUACGAAAUAACUUACCUGAUUCUCUACGAGAUGAAAUUAUCGAGACGUUAGUUAAAGGCGCCCGGGGAAUGUUUCGAUGGGUAGAUCUUCAAAUUCAAUCCCUUCGUCCAUUAAAAGUGGCGGCAGAUGUCAAAGCUCGCCUCGGUGUUCUUCCCUCUACUCUAGAAGGUUCCUAUUGGGAAAUCUACCAGAGUAUCUUAGAGUCAGGGGACCACGCUGCAGCACUUGCGAAUUUUACAUUCCAGUGGCUUAUGUAUGCCAAAAAACCUCUCUCCAUCGACGCCUUUGCGUCUAUUGCGUCCUCUUCUCUGUCUCCUGAAAAGAGUAAUACUUUCAGCGGGGCCGAGGUUACCGACGUCUGUUCAAACCUCAUCGUUAUCCGAGGAGAAGCUUUUGAGUUCGCUCAUUUAUCGGUGAGAGAGUUUUUCGAGGGUAUUUCAAAGCGCGGCAUACAGACGUUUCUUUCCGUCCAGAGCAAUAGCUUCAUCACAGUUGCUUGCCUUCGCUAUCUCACGACGCAACUACUCCAAACCCCAGGCAUUAUCACCGAAACCAUCAACAGCGAGGUAAAAAAGUCUUCCCCAGGCUAUCUAGGAGUUGGGUAUACUCAGGGGACUAACGCGGAAUACGAAUCACGAAAACGUUCUAUAUCCCAAUUCGUUAGUGACCUUACUUCAGGUCUUCAAUCGGAGCCCAUUAUUUAUACCGCGCAUUUUUGGGUAUCCCAUGCGCGUAAUAGUUCCAACCUCCGGGAAUCGGAACCAUUAUCGAGGCUUAUAAAGGAGUUUCUUAUAGAUCCUCAUUUCCUAUUGAUCACUCCUGCUUUCGUUCUCUGGUGUGAAAUAUUGCAAUCUAAAGAACCGGAUUCUGAUAUAUUAUCCGCCGAAAAUCGAUUCUGGGAAAAUGCCAACAUCGUUUCUCGACCAUUUCAUCCCAUAUGGCUUGCUUGCGCCAAUAACUGGUUUGAUGUUAUACAAUAUCUAUAUGAUGCUCACCGUCUAGAUAUAGGACGGCCCGAAUAUUGCAAUUAUGGGGAUCUAGUUGAUAAUGCUACAGCUUGGAGCAACGUUUUGGAACACGCUAUCAGAAAUGGCAAUGUAUCCAUCGUAGAAUCCAUCCUUUCAUGCUCCAUAAAUCCGAUGAAGCAAUUAAUAUCUAGAAAAGAAAUAGAGCCUUUGGUCUUGGCAGCAAAAGCAAACGAUACUAACAUGCUCUCCCUUCUCUUGAAGAAGGAGCACGGCGGAUCCGAAAUAGAAGGGAGAGCUGCAAUAAUAGCCGCUUCCAAUGGACAUAAAAGCAACCUGGAGUUACUUGUCCAUCACAAUGCUCAACUGUUACGAGAUCCAGGAAUCGUACGCCCAGCACUACUUCAAGCCUGCCAAUUAGAUCAUGUUGAUAUUGCGACUUACCUCAUUGAAAACGGUGUCCCAACUGAGCGGGGGGAGAAUUUUCUCUUUCAUGCUGUAGCUCAAAGCCGGACUAACAUUACAAAGCUACUCCUUGACAGGGGAAUAGGCCUAGCAGGGCUUAACAAGGCCCUCAUAACAGCCAUAUCCCAAGCAGACGAAGAAAUUGCACAGCUGUUACUAUACCGCGGAGCACAAAUGGAAAAGGUAGCAGUAGUACGAUCUGUCCGAGCAGGGUUAGUUGAUUCUACCGUACGACUCAUAAAAGCAGGGUUCAAUGCACAAGGCCACUACCUUGAGAAGCAAAGAACAGCUCUACAUUAUGCAGCUGAACAAGGCUCCUUGAAAGUUAUCCAGGCUCUAGUAGAAUCGAGAGUUACUAUCAAUAGCUACGAUCAUGAUGGACAAACACCGCUGCACCUGGCUGCUCAAAGGGGGCAUCUUGCAUGCGUGGAUUUGCUACUUAGCAACGGUGCAGAUGUAUUAGUGAAGAAUAAAAACGGCAAGGUUCCAUUGGAUUUGGCAGAGAUAAGACACCAUAUAUCAACGGCAGAGUUGAUAAGAAAACGGAUGACAGUAUUGAAGGAUGAACCUCUUCACUUAGAAUCACAUGAAAGAGCAGCUGAGGACUAGGUACAUAAGGAGGUAGUUAUAAUUAGAUACGCAAGAUGAAAGUCUUUAUUAAAGCGGUGGUCGAAAACAACGCAAAUAGAAAGCUAUAGCGAAGUUGAAGUCAUAUUCCUGAUUGAGGAAAGACAGAAAACCAUUUCUCUGGAGGUUGCAUGCAAAAGAUCGAGAAGAUCUCAAGAAGAGCCAUCAAUAUUGCCGUUUCUAUGCUGGUGGCUACUAUAUCAAUGUCGCAAAGCAGCUUUGAAUACGCUUCGACUAGUAAAUUUGAUGCAUAUCACCGUUGUGAAUUCGAAUAUGUCGGUACAGCUCGUGGAUGUAUGAAUGGGGAUGGCCACAACCGGGCCAGUGGCAGAUUAACUCGCCAGGCUUGUCACCUGCCGAUUCUAUAGUCUGAUGUUC